CCAAGUUGGACUGGCUCAAUCACUGAGAACUCGCCGAUGUUGGUGGUAGUGACAAAAGAGGUGAAAGUUGUGAUUUACAAAAAUCAAAUCAAAAGUAGCGUUGGCAAAAUCGGAUUAGAUAAAUAAAACUUAUUCUCUCAUGAAUGCAUAUCGUGUGCAACAGUGAGUUGGUCCGGAUAAAGGUGCAAGUUUCCCACGGAUGGGACUUUGGUGGUUUAAUCCCUGCAUUUAAAAAUAGCGAGAAGCCACCAUCUCCUUCGCCUGAAAGGACAUCCACCAUGGUGUCUCGUCGACGCAUUCUGUCUCGGUCUCGGGACGACCUUAAUAUCCCUGAUAAUCCGCUGGAAGAGGAAGAUGUCUGGUUUUCCAAGGACAAACUGCUAAAGGAUCACAUUCAAGAGGUUCUUGACAAAUGGGAACAAAUCGACGAUGAAAUUUGGUCAAAGGUCAUAAUAUUCGAGAGAAAUCGUCGAGUUGCAAAGGCUUAUGCUCGUGCUCCAGUGCUCACCGUGAAUGGGUCAGAUGACGGAUUUGAUGGAUUUCGAAUUGGGCUCAAUGGGUUUGAAAAUCCCAUGAGAGACAGUAAAACGGAAGAUAUUUUAAGACAUGUAGGCCAUGGGAUCAAAAUCAAAAUGGACGACGCCGGAAAUAUUCUGAUCAAACGAGUUUCAAAAAAUCCAGUCUAUGUUAAGGCGUGUGCUGAUGAGAACGCGAUUGCCAACGAUGCUUCAAAACUGGUUAAUGGUGCUCUUGAAUUGGACAAACCGCUCAAGUUGUUUGACAUGAAAAAAUUUACAUCGAACGUAAGCCGGGAGCUUCGCAGAGCGUACCCAGAUCGGAGAAAGUUGGAGAUGGAAUGUGUCACAGCAGUCGCAUUUGUCAAACACGAGUCACAACUGUUGGACUGUCCCUGUUGGAUAAUGAUCGUUAACCUCGUGGCCAUGGACCUUUUGAAAGCUCGAAUCCCUCCAGUGAAGUCACCACAAGGGCAGAACGGCGAUCGGGCGGUUGUGCCCAACGGCGUUCUUCUGCCAGCCCCAAUUCCAGUGAGCGGAGGUCAGCAAGAUAUUCGCCAAAGACCCAAAAUCCCACUCCCACGGGAUGACGAAGACGAUCCUUACACCUUGGUUGGCGGAAGUAAGAACGGAAGAGGUGAUAACGUACCGCCCAAACUUCCUCCCAGAGACCUGAACAUCCCAAAGCCGGACUAUGAUGAGUCAAUGGAGGAGCCAAGGAUUAAACCGUUCUUAAAUUCUUCGCGUACCAAUGCUAAGGACAAACCGCAAGGAAAGGACAGAAAAUAUGACGAUCCUUAUUAUUGUGGACUCCGAGCCAGAAUCCCAGCCUUCGUGCAGAAGGCCAUGCCAGGGAGGAAGAAGGCGGAGGCGGAGAAACGUGAGCGAGAAGCGGCCGCCAUGAGGAACGGUCACGUCAUCAUUGCCAACGGUGGCUACCCACCACAUCCACACAUGGUGGGUGUGCCACAGCGAUUUGGCCCCCCUGGACCACCCAUCCCCGGCCACCCCAUGAUGUGGCAUGCCAAGAGCGUCGACUCUGGAAUGGCCUCCAUUCAUUCCAACCCGUACGCAGACCCGCACUCCAUACGCAAGGGUCACGGACUAAUCACGGACAAAUACUCGUGGAACAACAGCACUUUUGCAGAAAGUGGAGAAAGCGAAUGGGAAGACUACUGGCAAGAUAAUCAUAAAUAGAAUUAGCAUAAACCAAUCUGCUAACUCCAACAGUGUCAAUUCCAGGACUGAGGGUAGUGAGAAACUCAUCUAGAAACUCCAAUUUAAGAAUUUUGUGAAUUAUUAUUCUCGUAGUUUAGUUUAUAUAUAUUGUAUUUGACACAUUGUUGGUUUGUGUUUGAAUUGUUUGGUUUAUAAGUAUCGAAUAUGUAUGAAAACUUGGCAAAUUUUCUCAACGUGGAGUUUGGAAGGACUUUUUAAAUGAAUUUGCCAUAUUAUAUUACGAUAUGAAACGAGCUUGACUGACUUAUUGGAGCAAUUGCCAAUAUUAUGCUUUCUGCAGAAACAUGCAAGUGUCCUGCUAUCUUUUUCAUGGUAGAUUUCCUGCAUUGCCAAACUAAUUGAAAACUUAUUAGCUCUUAUUUGUGUAGAUAACCUAAGUGAUUUCAUAUGACUGAAUUUUUAAGGCUUUCAAAUUUAUGUGCAUGUGAUGGUGUGUGUGUGAAGAUAGAAUCGCGACUUACAUACAUAUUUAGUAGAAUGAUGAGAGUGAUUCAUAGAACUUUGCAUGGCUGCUGAGACAUACGGAAAAAGUGUUUAACACUAUUUCUUUCCACUAAUAUUUUUCUAAUGUUUGUAAGUAUGUACAUAUUUAUAACUUUUGUACUAAAAUAAUGCUUCUUUUUAAUAAUAUUUAGCCAUAAUUGUAAGACGCAUUUUAUGCAAGCGAUGGAUGUCACUCUGCUUUUGCCUUGGUUCUACAGCUUUAUAAACUUUAUAACCCAUUCAAGAUGCAAGUAAACCAGUGGGUAUAAUAAUAUUGCAUGAAAACGCAAAUAAAUUUUUCAAACGUGUGUGUGCAUGAUGUUUUUAUUCUGUAUGAAAUGAGUCCCCAGAAGUAAAACGUAUUUAAUUUUCAUAUUUAAAUGAUGAUUUUAACAUUCUUUUGCUUUUGUGUGAUUGUUGAUAGAAACGGAAUCUAUUUACUCGCCAAUUUAUGGUCGAUUGCCUAUGAGAAAUCCCAAUACUUUUGCCCCACCGAGGGCUGUGGCAUACGUGGGGGAGUGGGAGUAGCGAUUUAGUGCAUUUAAAAUAUACGGUACAACUGCUGCUAAAAUUAUUUCAAUUAAUUUACACGUCGGACACAUGGCUUAUAAUAAUUCCGGCAAAAUGCGAACCUUUCCAAAUUCCAUCAUUCCAAUGUUUUUACUAAUAUUGUGGUUCACAUCGUUAUGUUUUUUUCAUGAGGACUAUUUAUGAAUGAAUAGUCAUUUUUGUAUUCUUCUGUAAAUUACUGUAUCUUUCACUUCCUCCUAAAUCAACAAAGCGAGGUCAACUGGUGUAUUGUGAGGUAAUAUGAAUAGCUAAAUGUAUGUAAUAGUAGAUUAAGGGUCAUUUGUGUAAUGAGAAAUGCGUGCAUAUGUUGUUGAAAUCAUUUAAUUAUUAAUUAGCCAUAUAAAACAGGCUAAGUAUCAAGUAAAUAAUUAAGCGUCAUAUCAAAAUUAAUUAAAGCUAAAAUAUCAGGUAAUUAGGUAAUACUACAUAAUAAAUUCACACGUAUAAAAUAUGUAAUGAUAUGUAUGUGCAUACACUCCAAGGGAUGUGCAUAUGCAUGUGUAUCGUGUAUGUAUGUAUAAAGUGUGGGUGAGACGAGAACCAAAAUUGUGUAUAUACAGUAUUUCAAAACGUUUAUUGAAUGACAGUGAAUUUAUGAACUGCUUGAUUUGUGUAAGACUGUAUAUUUCGCCAAUAUCCGAAUAUGUAGUACCGAAUGAAAAUAGUUAUGAAAAUUAUAGCAGCGAUUUAUGUAUGUGUUCUAGGUACUUGAACAAAAUUCAGCUAGCUGCAUUUGUCGUGAAAUUGAAAUGUUCUAUGAAUGUCCCGUUAUUUAAGGCUAAUUUCUGGUUUUGUUAUUGUAAGUUAUAGCAGCUAAAAUUUGGCGACUUUAAUAACUCUACGAUGAUAAAUGUAUCAACUAAUUUUUUUUGUAAGUGGGUAAUAAUGAAAUAGAAUGCUUAUAAUUUUUAUGGAUAUUAAGACAUUGUUAUUAACAAUGUAGUAAUGUAAAAGUCCGUUAGCCGCUGUUGUACGUCCCUCGGAUCUUAAUCGUUUUGUAUUGAUUUCUAAAUCUUUGUUACGAAGAUUUUGAUUGAUCCCUAAGCUUGACUCUGAUUUUUAAAACGAAGUUUUUAUUUGUACUUAUACCCAGCCGACGACAUACAACAUUAAUUUUCAACCCAUUUUACUGAGCAGACGGAACACGGUCACAACCGGGAUUGUUUAUUAUUAUUAUGUAUUAAGUAAUGCAAAUAGGCUACCUAACCUACAUAUUCUAUUUUCAGCAUAAAAUUUUUUCUAUCUCUACAAAUUGUUGACUUAUACAAGCAUAUUUGACCCAUCUUGUUUUGCUAAUUUUAAUGAGCAGCCAUAAUAAUUCUCUGUAUCUUAAAUUGCAAUAAAAAUUAUUACAAUGUGAAA